GAUCAGCUUGUAUUGAAUCUAGUUCGAGUGAGGUAUUUUGAGCCAUUGAAGAGUUUUGAAACGAAAUAGUGAAUUAAGUUUCACGUUACAGGUGUUUGCGAGAGCGCGUGUGGUGUUGUAGUGCCUCAUAGAAAUACGAAAAAAUUGAAUUGUGUUGCAAAGAAUUAAAUCAGAAACGAUUACAUAGUCUGUUACAUUAGUAUUGCAAAACAUAAAAAGAAAAUAACAACAAAAUGCAAUCGAGUAGAAUUUUGGUGUCCAAUUGGAGAAAAUCCAUUCAAGUGCAUGUGAAUAAAAGAAAUUUGGCAGUCAAUGGGCAUUUGAAUGGCAUAAGUCCUGGUGUAUUGGUGACAAACAAAACUUUCACUUUCGAUCGACCACAACAGCAACAAACACAGAAACGUUGGUCAACAACUACAAGUGCUGCAAUUAACGCCAGCAACAACAACAAUGGUGUUGGAGUAAACGAAAAAUUAGCCGUAAAACCAUCUCCACCAAAACAUGACUGGGAUCGUGCCGUUAGUGAGGCGGAACGCAUUGUGGGCUAUCCCACAUCCUUUUUGAGUUUACGUUGGCUACUCAGCGAUGAAAUAGCUAAUGUGGCAUUGUAUUUGCGUAAACUAGUUGGUAGCAGUCAUCCUCUGUUAAAGACAGCCAAGGGUCUUUUAUACAAUGGCAAAAAUACCAUGCAGGCCUGGGGCCUAAUUGUGCUGCUCAUAUCCAAGGCGGCUGGUCAUGCGCCAUCUGUACCCGAUAUGGAACAAGAUAAAAGUGCUGGAGUUUUACACAGCCAAAGGGGACUAGUCGAGGUUACGGAAAUGAUACGUAUCUCUCAUUUGAUACACAAUAGUUUAGUCAACCUGCAACGCUCCACCAAGGCCAGUCAGGACAGUGCCUCAUACGAUGACAUGACAUUUGGCAAUAAAAUCGGCCUGUUGAUUGGCGACUAUUUACUAAGUCAUUCCAGUGCAGAAAUGGCCAAUUUGAGAAAUCAAGUUGUUGUCGAAAUGAUUUCCUCAACUGUGCGUGACUUUUCCGAAUCGGAAUUUAUUGGUGAACGAGAUGAACAAAAUAACCCGCUGCCCUCGAGACCGGGCACUAAGCCACUGCAGCAAACUAGCAAGGCAAUUAGUACAACAGACAUUGAUUUUUGUCGCGAAGAUGUUUUGAAGCCCAUGAACAUAUACAAAUAUUUGGGUGAUCCCGAAAAGGAAUGGGAGGCUAGAAAUAUUUUAAAUGUGGGCAGUCUUUUGGGUAAAUCUUGUUCGGCAUCUCUGCUGCUGGCCCAACAAAGUGAAGAACUGCAAAAGAAGGCGUAUUUAUUUGGCAAACAUUUGUCAUUGGCAUGGCAGGCGUGUAUUGAUGCGGAACCAUUUCAACUGUCAUCACUGCCGUAUGACACCACAUUCAGCUUAGUCAGCGCUCCCGUACUGUUCCACCUGGAACAUGAUCCCAAACUCUAUGACGAAAUAGAAAAGGGCAAAGUUUGUGUGGAUAAUGUCGACUACAAUAAAAUACAUAAAGCCAUUCUACAAGGUCCUGGUCUGGAGAAAACCAAACAAUUGCAACGAAAACACACAACGGCAGCUUUAAAAGUAUUGGAAAGUUUUCCAAACAACGAUGCCCGCAAAGCAUUGGAGAACAUAAUUCUAGCUAUGCAGGAUUUAUAAAAUCUAAGACAAAAAAUCACUAGUUUUAAGCCAUAAUUUAUAUACAUAAUUGUAAUUGUUUUACAUAUUUUUAACUAAAUGAAAUUUAUUUAAUUGUUGCUAUUUUGUAAUUGUAACUAAAUUUUAUAAUAAACAAAAAUAAAAAAACAUAAUUUAUUUA